AUGGAGGCAGAGAAAGACUCUGGAAGAAGAUUGCGCCCGAUUGACCGCCAGAGAUACGACGAGAACGAGGACCUGUCGGACGUGGAGGAGAUAGUCAGCGUCCGCGGCUUCAGCCUGGAGGAGAAGCUACGCAGCCAGUUGUACCAGGGGGACUUCGUGCAUGCCAUGGAGGGCAAAGACUUCAACUAUGAGUAUGUACAGAGAGAAGCUCUCAGAGUUCCCCUGAUAUUUCGAGAAAAGGAUGGACUGGGAAUUAAGAUGCCUGACCCUGAUUUCACAGUCCGAGACGUCAAACUCCUAGUGGGGAGUCGGCGACUGGUGGACGUGAUGGACGUAAACACCCAGAAGGGCACGGAAAUGAGCAUGUCCCAGUUUGUGCGUUACUAUGAGACGCCUGAGGCUCAGCGGGACAAGCUGUACAAUGUCAUCAGCCUGGAGUUCAGCCAUACCAAGCUCGAGCACUUGGUCAAGCGUCCGACUGUGGUAGACCUGGUGGACUGGGUGGACAACAUGUGGCCCCAGCAUCUGAAGGAAAAGCAGACAGAAGCUACAAAUGCCAUCGCAGAGAUGAAAUACCCAAAAGUGAAGAAGUACUGUCUGAUGAGCGUAAAAGGUUGUUUCACUGACUUCCACAUCGACUUUGGAGGCACUUCUGUUUGGUACCAUGUUUUCCGGGGUGGGAAGAUCUUCUGGCUGAUUCCUCCAACCCUACACAAUUUGGAGCUGUAUGAGGAGUGGGUGCUGUCAGGCAAACAGAGUGACAUCUUUCUGGGAGACCGUGUGGAACGAUGCCAAAGAAUUGAACUGAAACAAGGCUACACAUUUUUCAUCCCUUCCGGUUGGAUCCACGCAGUCUACACCCCUGUGGACUCUCUGGUGUUCGGCGGAAACAUCCUGCACAGCUUUAACGUGCCCAUGCAGCUGCGCAUCUAUGAGAUCGAAGACAGGACACGGGUGCAGCCCAAAUUCCGUUACCCCUUCUACUAUGAGAUGUGCUGGUAUGUCUUGGAGAGAUAUGUGUACUGUGUGACCCAGCGCUCCUACCUCACUCAGGAAUAUCAGAGAGAAUCGAUGCUCAUUGAUGCCCCGAGAAAGCCGAGUGUAGACGGCUUCUCAUCUGAUUCCUGGCUGGAGAUGGAGGAGGAGUCCUGUGAGCAGCAGCCCCAGGAGGAAGAAGAGGAACAGGAGGAGGAGGGGGAAGGUGCAGAUAAGGUGCCCAAGCUGCCUGUCGAUGGCCCUGUCUCACCCACCAGCACCCCCUCUGAGGACCAGGAGGCCCCUGGGAAGAAGCCCAAAGCACCUGCUAUGCGGUUCCUCAAAAGGACUUUGUCUAAUGAGUCAGAAGAAAGUGUGAAGUCUACCACGAUGCCCAUAGACUACCCCAAGACGCCCACUGGCUCUCCCACCACAGAGGUUGCUGCCAAAUGGACCCACCUCACCGAGUUUGAACUGAAGGGCCUGAAAGCUCUGGUGGAGAAACUUGAAUCCCUCCCAGAAAAUAAGAAAUGUGUCCCUGAGGGCAUCGAGGACCCCCAGGCACUCCUGGAGGGAGUGAAGAAUGUCCUGAAGGAGCAUGCGGAUGAUGACCCCAGUCUGGCCAUCACUGGGGUCCCUGUGGUCACUUGGCCAAAGAAGACUCCAAAGAACCGGGCUGUGGGUCGGCCCAAGGGGAAGCUGGGCCCAUCCUCUGCAGUGAAGUUGGCCGCCAACCGGACAACCGCAGGAGCUCGCCGGCGCCGGACGCGAUGCCGCAAGUGCGAGGCCUGCCUGCGGACCGAGUGCGGAGAGUGCCACUUCUGCAAGGACAUGAAGAAAUUUGGGGGCCCUGGGCGGAUGAAGCAAAGCUGCAUCAUGCGGCAGUGCAUCGCGCCAGUGCUGCCCCACACCGCCGUGUGCCUCGUGUGUGGCGAGGCAGGGAAGGAAGACACGGUGGAAGAGGAAGAAGGCAAAUUUAACCUCAUGCUCAUGGAGUGCUCCAUCUGCAAUGAAAUCAUCCACCCUGGAUGCCUUAAGAUUAAGGAGUCAGAGGGUGUGGUCAACGACGAGCUUCCAAACUGCUGGGAGUGUCCGAAGUGUAACCACGCCGGCAAGACCGGGAAACAAAAGCGUGGCCCUGGUUUUAAGUACGCCUCAAAUCUGCCCGGCUCCCUGCUCAAGGAGCAGAAGAUGAACCGGGACAUCAAGGAUGGGCAGCUCUCGCCGAGGCCCCCUCUAGGCAGCAGCCUCAGCCCUUGGUGGAGAUCCAGUCUCACUCACUUCCAGCAGCAGCUAAAACCUGGCAAAGAAGAUAAGCUUUUCAGGAAAAAGCGACGGUCCUGGAAGAACACGGAGGACCGGAUGGCACUGGCCAAUAAGCCCCUCCGGCGCUUCAAGCAGGAACCCGAGGACGAUCUGCCUCCACCCAAAUGCAUCCAGAUGGAGCGCCAUGUGAUCCGGCCACCACCCAUUAGCCCCCCGCCCGACUCGUUGCCCCUGGACGAUGGGGCAGCCCAUGUCAUGCACAGGGAGGUGUGGAUGGCCGUCUUCAGCUACCUCAGCCACCAAGACCUGUGUGUCUGCAUGCGGGUCUGCAGGACCUGGAACCGCUGGCUUCGGACCCUGGAUGUACAGUGGGUGGAAGGACUAAAGGAUGCCCAGAUGCGGGAUCUCCUGUCUCCACCCACAGAUAAUAGGCCAGGUCAGAUGGACAAUCGGAGCAAGCUCCGGAACAUUGUGGAGUUGCGCCUGGCAGGCCUAGACAUCACAGAUGCUUCCCUACGGCUCAUCAUCCGCCACAUGCCCUUGCUGUCCAAGCUCCACCUGAGUUACUGUAACCACGUCACUGACCAGUCCAUCAACCUGCUCACUGCUGUCGGCACCACCACCCGAGACUCCUUAACUGAGAUCAACCUGUCAGACUGCAAUAAGGUCACUGAUCAGUGCCUGUCCUUCUUUAAACGCUGUGGAAACAUCUGUCAUAUUGACCUGAGGUACUGCAAGCAAGUCACCAAGGCAGGCUGUGAGCAGUUCAUAGCCGAAAUGUCUGUGAGUGUCCAGUUUGGGCAAGUAGAAGAAAAACUUCUGCAAAAACUGAGUUAGUCCCAGGACAAGUAUGUAAAUAUGGGAUGGGCAGGGAG